GAUCCACAAGUGCCAUGGCGACAGAGAACAUGCGCGCUCUGCCUCCGCGACCGCUGGAUGAGUUGCCAGCGGAUCAUUGCAUGCUGCGUUCCCGCAGCUUUUCCUUUCUGCCGCGGAAGUACCGCGCCGCCGUGACGCUGCCGCCCAUGCGACCCCAUGUGCCGAUCAUCCGACGCUCCGUGCUCCGGAGUAAGGCUCAAAACCGGCGCAGCAUGAAGCCCAAGCAGGACCCCGCGCAGCCUGUGCCCGGCUGCUAUGGCGACUUCUGCCACACGGAGUUCAAGUACCCACAAAUCCUCCAGGACAUUGAGACGGGUACGGACGCUUGGACGCGGCAAGGAAGGCAGCUGUGCCUUCGACACGCCAUGGUGGAAGGAAAGGAGUUGGAUACCCUCAUGAAGCCGGAGGAAUUGGCCGCGUGCCUUCAGGACAACGACUCCGACGCCGAUGCCUCCCCGUCCAAAGUCGCGACUUCUGUGGUCACGGCAGGCACAGCGAAGGUGAAAAGGAAGGAAGGCUUGAUGGAUCUACCUGCGUCACAGGUCCUGGAAGCGAGGAGUCAUCCAGGUCUGUGUCAAUGGCUGGAGAGUCUGGACUGGCGGAUCAACCCAGAGGACGCCACGCUGCUCCUGGCGGCUGCGGCGCACCUGGCCUCGGAUGAAGCCGCACCGGUGCCACGCAACAUGUCCCUUCGCAUGGAUGUGACGGUGCCCGGCAUGCGAUAUCGAUUGAGACCCUUGAAGGUCUGCCGCACCUGUUUCAACACCUACCAGGUCAUCAGCCAGGUGAUCACAUUGGUGCGGCACCAGCGCAAAGAUCUGUGGGCCAAAGCAGAGCUGGAACGUUUGAAGCGCCACGACGAGAAGGAAAAGGAGCUGGCACAAGACGCUUACAUCCAGCGGGUCAUUGGCGAUCCAGAGGAGCGCGCGGCGCGUGCGGCGCAGAUGGGGCGCUGUCCGCCGCCGCCCUGUCUGCCGAGGGAAAGUCUGAUUUUUGACCACGAGGUCACCCAAUGGAUGCGCGACAUCCCGGACUCGCCCAGCACCAGCGAGAUGAUGAAGAACCUCUGGCGCAAGGCGGAGGAGCCUCACUCAGAAGAACUGCUCGAGGCACCGCCCAGUUCACCAGAGCCGAAUCGGCGGAGGAGAGCCGUCCUGGGCCUUUGACAGGACAUCCCAGCGCCCCCCCAGCUCCAGCGGACGGCGAAACGUGCCGGGCUGGAUGCACAACAUGUGCGCG